AUGCUGUCGGAAUUGGGUGCGGAGGAGCUACAUUCGAGUAGCUCUGAUUCAGACCUUGAUUUCGUGGCCAUUCUGAAGAAGCAAUCUGCAGCCCAAAGGAAAGAAGCUUUGUCAGUGAGCACACUCGAUGAGUCGAAGCUGACACACACGACAGAGGCAUCUAGCUCAGAAGAACAGAGCUUUUCCAGUUCUGAUGUCAAGUUGCGACAGUUGAACUCACCAGGCGAACCGUCACCCUUCACCGAGAGUACUGAGGGCGAGGAAGACGAAGAAUUAGAUGACCUAUUCGAUUUUUCCGCCCUGAAAAAGAAAACUAAG